AGAUGCCAUGAAUCGUGAUCAGUAUCACAUGGUAUGCUAGAACCUCGCUAAAUCCCUCUCUCUCCAAACCCUAAAAUCCUAACAUUUAUCAUUCGUCUCCUCCAAUGGCCUCUCGCUGUAGAUCUAUUUCGCAACCAACUCUUUCUUUCCUCAAAUCCACAUUCGCCAAACCUAACCUUAAACCCAAAUCCGCGACGUCUCAUCACACAGCUACGCCGCGCUCUUCGCUCUCGACUCCAAGGUCGAUUCCUCAAUUGGGUGCUCUUCAGUCUCUGAUUCCUCUCCACACAGCGGUCUCUUCGGCUCGGCUCACCUCGUGCCUCGGAGUUGAUUCGAGCGGCUCGAGGUCGUUGUCUCAGGGUAUGCUUUGCAGUGCAAAUCCAGGAGUUUGAUAUUCUCCACUGUUUUAGAUUUAGUAUCUAACUAGGUCUCAGUGUGCCGCGAUAAGAGCUUAAAUUUUAAAGAUAGUGAGUGAUGGAUGGAUUAGAGUCAUACUACUCUUCUCGGGUUGUCUUUUCUCACACAUCUGUACGGAAUAAUUUUUUACUGUUCUGUAUUAUGGGAAUGGUGCAUUUCUUCAAUUCUCUGGCAUUUUUGCUGUUAGAAUCCUUGAAAACUUCAUGUUGAAUUUUUACUUACGCCUUGAUAUGGGGACUUUUCAUUCGUAUUUCUCUUUUUGAAACCUUUGCAUCAAGUGCAACUUAUUCGGCUAUGUUGAUUUCAAAACCGUAGGCAUGCUAAUGUUGUACCUCUGUAUGUAAGCAUGUACACGAAGGUCAAAGGGUGAAAGGUAACUAGGAGGGUAGAGUCCUGCUCGUCCUUGCAUCUGCAAACUCCACCGAGCAAUUUAUGGCCUGAAACAUGCCCCCCUGCCAGGUUCCAUCGUUUUUCUUCACAGCUCUUACAACAUGACCGACUCAAACACUGUGUCCGCACCUCUACGUCGGGCAUUAUUGUUCUUCUCUUUUAUGUCGAUGACUUAAUGAUUGCUGGAAGCAAUGUAGCUGGUAUCCUUAUUAAUUCUCUGUCACGAUGCUUUGAGAUGAAGGUCACCAAGGUCCUUCAUUAUAUCCUGGGUAUGGAGGUCUCGCGUUCGCCUGAUCGCUUGGUUCUGAGUCAAACCAAGUAUACUAUAGAUUUACUCCAGCGUGCCAACAUGCUCAUGGCCUAGCCCAUUUCUACACCAGUUUCAUUUGGCUCCAAGCUCUUUGCCUUUCAGGGUGAUUUGGCUACAACAUACUUUAGAUUUAUAUCGCAGCUUGGUGGGAGCUCUUAAGUACUUACUGUUGCUGGCCCUGAUAUUACAUAUGUUAGAAAGAAAAAUGUUAUUUGUCUUGUCUUGAACUAUUAUCUCUUCAUCAUCUUUUGAUGUAGCAUCAAAUAAUUGACAGAACAGUGAAAAGAAUAAUUUUCUCGUUUA